CCGGCCAAGUCCGCCCCGGCGCCGAAGAAGGGUUCCAAGAAGGCGGUGACCAAGGCGCAGAAGAAGGACGGCAAGAAGCGCAAGCGCAGCCGCAAGGAGAGCUACUCGGUGUACGUGUACAAGGUGCUGAAGCAGGUGCACCCCGACACCGGCAUCUCGUCCAAGGCCAUGGGCAUCAUGAACUCGUUCGUCAAUGACAUCUUCGAGCGCAUCGCGGGCGAGGCGUCGCGCCUGGCGCAUUACAACAAGCGCUCGACCAUCACGUCGCGGAGAUCCAGACGGCUGUGCGCCUGCUGCUGCCGGGCGAGCUGGCCAAGCACGCCGUGUCCGAGGGCACCAAGGCCGUCACCAAGUACACCAGCGCCAAAUAAACUUGCCAAGAUUUUGGAGCUACCCAGAGUUAUGCCUGAGCCGGCCAAGUCCGCUCCGGCCCCGAAGAAGGGUUCCAAGAAGGCGGUGACCAAGGCGCAGAAGAAGGAUGGUAAGAAGCGCAAGCGCAGCCGCAAGGAGAGCUACUCAGUGUACGUGUACAAGGUGCUGAAGCAGGUGCACCCCGACACCGGCAUCUCGUCCAAGGCCAUGGGCAUCAUGAACUCGUUCGUCAAUGACAUCUUCGAGCGCAUCGCGGGCGAGGCGUCGCGCCUGGCGCAUUACAACAAGCGCUCGACCAUCACGUCGCGGGAGAUCCAGACGGCCGUGCGCCUGCUGCUGCCCGGCGAGCUGGCCAAGCACGCCGUGUCCGAGGGCACCAAGGCCGUCACCAAGUACACCAGC